AUGGAUUCUGAAAAUGUGUUCGACAUGUAUUGUGCUCCCGAGGUUCCUGAAGCCCCUGUGAGUAAGAAGAAAGCGAGCAGGCAGCAUCAAGGGGAAAGUAGUAAAGUGCCUCGGGCCAAGAAAUCCCAUACUGCAGACCCUCCAGCAGACGUACCCUCAACAAAUGCCACACCACCUACUUCUCCCCUCGAGCGGCAAUCUCCACCUGCUCCAGUCGGGUCGACACCUUCCCCACCAGCCCCAGCUACCCAGACACAGCAGGCUGCCGCUGCUUCCAUAGGGGGCGACAUAUCGAGCCGUGCCCUAAGAUCAGCCAAGGACAGGAUGGCAAAGAUUUUGAAUCACAAACAUUGCCGAGAAGCGAUGGCUGGGACAGAGAUGAUGGACAUCGACCAGAUCUUAACCCGUGCUUUAAACAAGCUCGCAAGUGUAAUGCUAACCGUGAUUUCCAGCCGUCUUCGCUCGGGAGCUAUUAUCGAACAAUCCAAAACCUCCAAGCAACGGCAUGCUGAAGAAAUCAAAGCUGUCGAAGCAAAAUAUGCUGAACAGCUUGAGGCAGCUCAGAAGACAAACGCAGCACUGCUAGAGGAGAAGUACAAGCUGGCUGAGGAGUUAAGGGAGAAGCAGACUGCACUGGACAAGGCCGUCGAGCAAAGAGAGUAG